AUGUCUUCUGAACCAUUUAAGAACGUUUACUUGCUACCUCAGACCAACCAAUUGUUGGGUCUUUACACUAUUAUCAGAGACAAGAACACCACUAGACCUGACUUCAUUUUCUACUCUGACAGAAUCAUCAGAUUGUUGGUAGAGGAAGGUCUAAACCACUUGCCUGUUGAGAACAAGGACGUUGAUACCCACACUAGUGAGGUCUUCAAUGGUGUUGGCUUUAUGGGUAAGAUCUGUGGUGUUUCCAUAGUCAGAGCUGGUGAAUCCAUGGAACAAGGUCUCAGAGACUGUUGCAGAUCAGUUAGAAUUGGUAAGAUUCUAAUUCAAAGAGACGAAGAAACCGCUCUUCCUAAAUUAUUCUACGAGAAGCUGCCAGAGGACAUCGCUGACAGAUACGUUUUCUUGCUAGACCCAAUGUUAGCCACUGGUGGUAGUGCUAUGAUGGCUACCGAUGUCCUUAUCAAAAGAGGUGUCAAGCCAGAAAGAAUAUACUUCUUGAACUUGAUUUGCAGCAAGGAUGGUAUUGAUAGAUAUCAUGCUCAAUUCCCAGAUGUUAAGAUUGUUACUGGUGCCAUUGACAAGGGUUUGAAUGAGCAGAAGUACUUGGUUCCAGGUCUAGGUGACUUCGGUGACAGAUACUACUGUAUCUAA